AUGUCUGACUACACGUACACAGAAAUUGGCCCUUCAAGCCUUAAGAUCAAGGCAUACCCUCUAGAGGUGGAGUGGCUUGAUGGGAAAGCCAUCAUUGGACACCAUGCUUGGGCUGGCAUCAAGCAAUUCCACUGGUUUAAAGUUAAAUUGGAUGAUGAGCAUGUAGCUCCAACGAAUGGCUGCCGACUUUUGCUUGCUGCAUUAAUGGAGGACGGCUGGUUAACAACGUGGGAAGGCUUGAUUCUGCAGGAGGUAAAUGCUGGCGGAGAAACUUAUUACCAGAGAAUGGGCCAUUCCAAAUUCAGCAGAAUUCCAGCAGAAGAGCCCAAGGAAGAAUGGCAGGAUGACUAUAAGAGUAUCUUCGGGCAGCGAAAGGUCAUAGCGCUGGUAUAA